GCCACCACGAUGUCUUCUUUCGUGAUAGCCAUCUGUAUGCUGUUCGCCUUAAGCGCUGUUACAAAAGGCGAUCCUGACACAUACGCAGAAGAUCCAAAGAACUUCGAGAGACAACAUCUUUUAGACUUUACAAGACAGCCUCAAACGUUUUUUGUUGUCAAAAGGGACUACAAAACCGAAACUGAACACCGCUGCCUCUCAGCGAAACAGGUUAAGGAAUUUGAAAACGGGACAUAUGAAUACCAGUUGAGCGCAAGAGUCGCUGGCAGUUCAGUAUCGUACACUGUCCCCGUGGAUCCAAUGAAAACUGGUGCACAUACAGAGCCCAAUGCCGCAUAUUAUGAAGAAGCCCCAAACGAGGGCCGGCUCAUUCAUAGAAUCAUGACGACGAACGGCGAGCACACUUGCUUCGUCAUCACUGUACCUGUGGGCAACAUACACGGCUGCUUCAUAUUGGUAAGAGAGGACAAAGCUGGCAAACCCAUUCCGAAUGAAUGCGACAGCGUAUACAAAAAGGAGUGUGGACAAACAAGUGUCGAACUCUAUGACAGCACUUGCAAGUAGGAGGGAUCCACAAACGCACCAGCAAAAUAAACCUCAAUGCAGGGUAUGCCGGGCAAAAAUAAAUAGAUAGUUGAAGCCAU